AUGGAUCCAAGGCAGCAGAGACAACAACAACACCAACAACAACAGCCACGGCCGUCGUAUCUCCACAUCCAGACGCAGUCCCCAUCAUCAUCGAGUACCUCGUCGGUCUUCCAAAGCACCAGCUCACUCGCCUCCUUGUCGUCGAUCAACCAGCCUCAAUCUUCACAGAUGCCGGAGUCGUCAGCGCCUCUACCGUCGCCCGCCGUGAAUCAACCCAUGUCAUACUUCGGAUCGAUAGCGUCGCAACCGACGACGACGUCACAUCCGGCACAGCAGCAAAGGGCGCCGGCUCAGGCGCAACAAGCGGCUGGAUCACAUUACGUUGGUCAAAGAGGCGAUGGAGGCGGGGUUCCAGAGACGGCACCUUUCCUGCAGGAUUUCAAUCUCGUAGCAGAAGCGGCCAAGCGAGCACAGAUGGCGUGCCUAUCGAGGGACCUGGGAGACAUUGGAUUGUGA